GUAAGCGCUUUUGAGACCCAGAUGCUGUUGCCACGGAAAUUGUAAACAGAAUCCGUGGAACUGAACACAAGAACUGUCUUCAUAAGAUUUAAAUCAUGGCUGACUCACCAAACAGGUCCAAUCCUGGAUCUCCAGACACUGAUACCUCGGGCAAAAAAUCAAGGCAAGCUAUUUCAGGACAGUCAGGCCGUGUUACGUUCCCUAACUCUGCAAAAUCUGGAUCAAGUCGUUCAAUUAUGUCAGCGGAUGAUGCAGGUACCCAGGGGAAUCCAUUUAAGAUGGCCCCAGACAGUGAUAUCUUUGUUCUACGUGACAAGGAAAGGCAAAGGAAGAAACAGGAAAGACUUCGACAAAGAGGAUUACAUGUACAUGAGAAAACUACAUAUUCAUCAAAAGUGAACUUCCGCACUGCUUCUAUGAUUCGACCUGCUGAUUCAGAUGAAGAAAAAGAUGGAGAAGACGGUGACAAAACAGUAUCAGUCAAAGAUGAUCCACAAUACACCAUCAGAGUAACAAGAGAUCGACAUGUUGAGAAGGAGUCCCUGGCAGAAUAUAUUGCUAAGAAGAGGGAAAUGUUUCUUGUACAGUACUCAUUGGGCGUGAAGCGUGAUGAGAUGAAGAAGCUGGAGGAAAUGGCACAGAAGGAGGAGAAGAAGCUGGAGCUGGCAGAGCAGUACCUGGAAGAAGAUGCUGCUAUGUUUGAUGAAUUUCUCAAAGAAAAUGAUGCCAACUCUGCUGAGGCUGUGAGGGAGGCUGAGAAUGAGACAAAAGCAAAACUAGAAAAAGUAGGGGAAGUCAAGAAAAUUAACACACAGAUGAUGACAAUCAAAUCUGAAAUUUCAAAAUAUGAAGACACAUUGAAAGAGUAUCAGCUUUACAGGAAGUUUCUGGAUAGCCUUACGCCUCAGGAAGUAAGAGAAGAAAGAGACGUCAAAAGACAAAAGAGAAGAGAGGAAAAACAAAGAGAACAAGAGAAAAAUAUGCACGUUAUAAAGAAAAGUGGUGGAGCAUUAGCUGACAAAUCGAAAAAGAAGGUGCCAUUAAAAUCAGAUGGCUUACCCAAAACAGGAUCAGCAGUUAAAAAAUCAGAUCAAGAAAGUGUGAUAUCAGCAAUGAUAGAUUCGGAUGAGGACAGCGAUGAAGAGUUGGAUCUGUACUUUGGCGACCCCCACCAAUUGUUAGAUAUAUUUGCUGAAUUAGAGGAACAAAAUCUAUCAUUAAUUCAAAAUAGUCAAGAAACAGAAGAAGCAUUAGAAGAAAUGAAACAGACUAUAAAACAAACAAAAAUAAAGAUGGAGAAAGAAACACAGAUAUUAAAAGAUCAAAUAGACAAACUAAACACACACAUUUUCAAAGAAGAAGCACGAGCAGAGGAUUUAAAGAUAAAAGCCAAAAUGUUUUCAUACGGUGAGUUCAAGGCGGAGGACCAGGAGAAGAUGUUACAAGCUCUCAACAAGAAGGUGGAGGAAGUGUACAGGAGUUGUAUUGGUGACAAUGAGGCAAACAUUAGUACAUUACAGAUGCUCACGAACAUAGAAAAUCGGCUCGAGGAAUUGUUUGAACAAAUUGAAACAAUGCCUCAGGACAAAGUGGAAGCAGCAGAAAAGGCCAAGGAGAAGGAGAGGCGACUGAAGCAGAGGGAGGAGAAGAUGGAGCAACAGAGACUCCACCAGGAGGAGCGGGUCCGGAAGGCGCUGGAGAGGGCCAAGGCAGAGCCAAAGAAACAGACUGGAAGGAAACUUGUGUUCCGAUCAGAACCACCCAGACACAAGAAGAAAGAGGACGAGAGAGAUGACCAGGCGUCUAGAGAGGAAGAGGAGCUAGCUUAUUUCUUCCAAUAUUAAUUACCUUAGUCAUAUUUU